AGGGGAAGAGGAACAUCCAUGUGAGAGAGGAGCAUCCAUCCUGUACACGCCUGGACCUGGGACUGAACCGCAGCCUUCGUAUGUACCCUGACCAGGAAUUGAACUUGCAACCUUUGGUUACAAGGUGAUGCUCCAACUAGUUGAGCCACACCAGCCAGGGAUCACUAUUUUUUUUAAUAGAAAAAAAUUAAAAUAUAUUGGUAUGCCAAUGGCAAUAAUACAGAGGAGAGGGUGAUGGGAGAAAGCGGGGUGAAUUGCUGGGGAAGUAUCUUAGAGAAAGCGAGAAUAGGAUUCAGUGCGGAAUUGUAGGAAUCGGUCUUAGUAGACAAAAUAAAUAGUCCAAGGAGGGAGGAGAGUAGGUGGGCAAAUGAGGUGAUGUGAACCUUUGAGUUUACUGGUUCCGUGACUUUCUUAGUGAAAUAGGAAGCAAAGUCAAGAGUAUGGAUGGGGAAGGAAGUGAUGUAGGCUUGAUGAGAAAGAAAUAUGACAUAGUUCUUUAGAUGUUGGGCGGGACCUGCUGAGGGAUAUUUGAAACCAAGUUGAGAAGAAUGUAUAGAAGAGCUACAUUGUGCCCUGCGAGAUUGGACCCUCUAGGCGCUCGGUAAUCUGCGUCCGUUUCCUUGGAGACGCAGACCAAGAGGAAGCAUCGAGUCUCCAGGGGAAAUUUGAGUGGCCUGACUUGUCAGGCGAUCCUCGCUGAGACAAGGAAGAUGGAGAAGAAGCCGAAUAAAUAGACAUCCCAAGAGAUCAGUGGCCCACAGACUUACGGCGCUUCAUCCAUUUUCUCCAAUGGCGAGCGUCUUUCCGAAACCUUUUCACUCUGGGAGUCGCUCCACAGACAAUAAGUUCCCGAUUCUGGAUUGUGGUCCAUGGCAGCAGCCUAAGCCGAAAGUCAAGACAUCCACUACGCUUCCAGUCCUACAAACCAGUGGCCCCAAGAAAAGCAAAAUGAAGACUUGGAUUAGCAUCCAGCCAGGGUACUCCAAGCCCACUAUGUUGAGGACAGGCCAGCUGAGGAAUCCACAGGAACCUCUGGGAAAGCGGUUGGACUCUGCAAAGGCCAAAUUCCGGCUACUGAAGGUGAUGCUCAGGAACCGGCAGAUCUCACUCCAGGAGCUCCGCAACCAGGAGGACUUCCUCACCAAGUUCAAUCAGGAUCUGAUCAAAACCAUCCAAGACAUGGAGGACAGCUCAGCCCGGAAAAUGCGCAGCAUGCUGCAGCAGCAGAACGUCUUUGGGACCAUCGUCCACCUCCUGGCGUACUCAAACGAGAAGAAGCUGCAGCAGAUGAAGUGUGAGCUGCAGGAAUGGAAGGAGAACGAGGACUCCAAGAUGAGCUCCUUGUGUGAGCUGGCUUCAGCCCAGAACCCAAUCCAUUGGCCAAGGAGAGUUUUGCCUCCGUGGGAGGGGGUCCUGGAGGGAGGAUCCUGCCUCCUGCCCCUCCUGACCUCUCCAGACCUGAAGCAGCAGGUGGAGCAGCUGAGUGCCAAGAUCAAGAAGACGCAGGAGGAAGUGAACUUCCUGAGCACUUACAUGGACCAUGAGUACCCGGUCAAGGUGGUCCGCAUCGACAACCUCGUGCACCAGCUGCAGCAGGUGAAGGACAACCAGCAGGAUGAGUUGGACGACUUGAACGAGAUGCUCAAAAAGGUCCUGGAGUCUUUGUCUCAAGAGAUUCAGAUGAAGAGAAAAAAGCUUCUGAACUCCCUGGUGGUGAAAACCCAGGAGCCCUGCCAGGAGGUUCUUCUGCAGAAGAUCUCGGAAAACCAUAACAUGGUGAAGCACGCAGACAAGUUCAGAGAAUUCACCAACCAGUUCAAGCAGGAAAUACCCAAAUUGAGGGCCGAGGUGGGACAGCUCCGAGCCCAGGUCCAGGACCCGCGAGAGAUCGUGUUUGCAGACAUUCUGCUCCGGAGACCCAAGUGUACCCCAGACAUGGACGUCACCCUCAACAUCCCCGUGGAAGAGCUGCUACCCUUCUAGGUGGCAGGGCCACGGCUGCUCCCCCUUCCCUGCUCUCUCCCCUACCGCUGGAGCCUUGAGUCGUCUCCUUCCCAGGCCACAUCCGCAUUCAGACCCCAUUCGUCUGCCUCCCCCGAGUCCUUCCCCUCUGUCCUCCCUCUCUCCCUCCUCCUCUUGGUUUGGUGCUGCUGCUUGGGCCAGGUGGGAAUUUCCAGUCAGGUCUACAGUUUCUUUUUGCCAAUAAAGCUGGAUUUGCAUUUG